GCCUGACGCAUCAGUUUCCUCUCCGGGUGGCGAAGGCGGAACGUUUACACUCGCAGGAGAGAAAGAAAGGCCAAGCAAAGCAAAUCGUACGCAAAUCAUCACCACUGGACCUCAAACGUUAACUGUGCAUAAAGUUCAGGUAAUCACAUCAGGUUUGUAUUAAGUUGAGCGUGCAUGUUUGAUUAGUAUAUUGUGCAUCGCAUUGUUUUUUUUAAUUUUAAUUUUAAUUUUAAUUUAAAACCCCAAAUUUGAAUUUGGGGUUUUCACAAGCUGUGAGACACAAGCAUCAAAAUGAUAUCAAAUAAAGGCUUGAAAUAUCUCACUUUGCAUGUAAAACUAAUAUAAUAUAUUAGUUCCACCUUUUAAGUUGAAUUACUGAAAUAAAUGAACUUUUGCACGAUAUUCAAAUUUUUCGAGUUUCACCUGCAAUUUGCAAUUUUGAAAAGUUUGAAAUUAAUAUGAAGAUAAUUAUGAUUCAAAUUACGUGUAAUUAUUUUAUCUGACCCAUUUCUGAUCCGUUCGCUCGAAAACGGCUGCUCUGGUCCGCCUGUCAUUAUUCGCCGCCAAACAAAACAAUGUCAAAUGGGGCGCCCUCUAGUAUUAAAGUAAAUACAUAUGAGCUAUGAGGAAAUGGUAUACAAAAACAUACGUUGCCGGUUAAUACAUUUUUAAUCGGUUAAAUUCUUAUGGUCAUUUAAUCAUUCCUAGUUUAUGUUUUGAUGAGAGUUGUGAUUAAAGGUUUGGGUGAGCCGCAAAAGAUUUUCAAAUUUCCAAUUGGGCCGCGGCAUUCUUGUGUUUGGGAACCGCUGCUUUAAAACAUCUUCCUCACCCAAGAGUUCCAUCAACAUUAACCCUGAAUACAUCGGUUUGAUUCAUUUCUCUUGUGUCUCUGAAUGAAUGCAAAGCCAAAGCUGAAAAGAGAAGGAAACCCAACACAAGAUAAACCUCCCACAACCAGCAGGAAGAGAAGAACACUUUGAUCACACCACAGAAAUACAAGGGUCCUGUGUUUAUUUUACACUGGAGAAUAUUCUUUGUAAUGCUUAACUCUUCUUACUUACCACCGGCCCGGAGUUUAGUGAUUGUUGGCCAGACCUCUGUUUAUUUUUUUAAUAUUGUGUGUAUAUGCUGGUUCAAAAAGGACAUUUAAUAAACCGCCACCACAAGAUUAUCUGGACGCACAAACAUCUUGACUAUCAGUUGACCCAGAACACGAUGUGCCUCCGUGGGAGAGGAAACAGACGUCUAAAUAAUACUGACAAGGACAAAGCAACAGUUUUCCCAACAAUACUGGAAUCAUUUUCUCUGUUGCGCAAUGAAAACACACAACAUCAAGUCCACAGUGUUGAAGGUCAUUUCAAUACCAGGCCGUUUAAAAUGGGCUUCAGUUCAGCGCGUUAAGCUGAAAACAAAUAACCGUGCUGACCCGAACCCACCUCUUCAAAUGCUCUCCCCCACUGACUCAUUCUCCUGUGUUCUCAAGCUCAAUUUUUCUUACAUUUAUUUUAUUUUAUCUUUUUUUUUUGUGUGUCUUUGUCUUCCCCUUAUCCAUACGUUUACCUUCCUUUAGAUUUACAGUGUAAAGCGUCUUUGUGUACCAAGAAAAGCUCUGUAAAACACUAAAGUAUUAUUACUAUGCAUUGGAAUUCAAUCCAUCUCAGGUGGAACAAAUGAAUUCAAAUAAAUUGUCACGCAAGCUCCUGUGAAUCAGUGACUGGUCCUCCUCUUGGCCUGCGCCCCCCUCCCCCCCCUGCACUCACACACCUCACCUUGGGGAAGCUUCCCUGCAGUGCGUGCAGCUCUUCGGUGGGAAACAUGGCCCUCAACGUGCCGGGACUCGUGGCCACCGUCGUCUUCUACCUUCUGGUGCUCGGCAUCGGCGUCUGGGCCUCCGUCAAGUCCAAGAGGGACGAGAGGAGGACGCAGGCGGACCAUGCAGACAUGGCUCUGCUGGGUAACAGGAACAUUCAUCUGGUAAUGGGAAUCUUCACCACAACUGCCACCUGGGUCGGCGGGACCUUCAUCAUCGGCACAGCUGAGACGGUGUACAAUCCCAAGUUUGGGCUGAUUUGGGCCGUGAUGCCGCUGGCGGCCACGUUGGCCUUCGUCGUCGGUGGUCUUUUCUUCGCUGAGCCCAUGAGAGAGCGGAGGUACGUGACCAUGAUGGACCCUUUCCAGAUCAAGUACGGGAACGGACUGAGUGGACUUCUUGCUGUUGCACCGCUGAUGUCGGAAAUCAUUUGGGUGACGUCGACACUGAUAAGCCUGGGACUCACCAUGAGCGUGAUCCUGGACUUGUCCUACGCUGUGUGCAUCUGGAUCUCGGCGGCCGUGGCCAUCACCUACACCCUGCUGGGGGGUCUCUACUCGGUGGCCUACACAGACGUCAUACAGCUCACUCUCAUUUUCGUCACUUCGUGGCUGUGCGUCCCCUUCCUCCUCACGAGUCCCGCCUCUGUUGACAUCACCACCACAUCUUUCAACCACACCUUUCAGGCGCCGUGGGUCGGCUCUCUGACGGCCGGCAGAGCCUGCAUGUGGAUCGAUAUCUUUUUGCUCCUGAGUUUAGGAGACCUCGGCUUCCAGGACUUCCACCAGAGGACGUUAUCGGCUUCUUCGUCGGCCACGGCGAAGUUGCGAUGUUACGCCGCAGCAGUCCUCAUCCCCACCUUUGGAAUCCCCCCUGUGCUCAUUGGGGCGGUGGCUGCAUCGACAGACUGGAACCUCACCUCCUACGGGUCCCCGUCUCCGUUCGAGCGAGGUCAGACCGGUUUGAUCUUGCCGCUCUCCCUGCAGCACCUGACUCCGCCCUACAUCUCGGUCCUCGGCAUCGGGGCUGUGGGCGCCGCCGUGAUGUCGUCCACCGACUCCGCCCUGCUGUCUGCAGCCUCCAUCUUCUCCUCAAACAUCUACAAGAAGAUCCUGAGGCCCAAGGCUUCGGAGAACGAGAUCCGGUGGGUGAUUCGCUCAUCCGUGGUCCUCUUCGGCCUGGCCGGCACGUCGCUCACCUUCCUGCACGCCGGCGUCAUAGCCUUCUGGAUCCUGGGUGGAGAAAUCGCCUACAUCCUGAUGUUCCCGCAGCUGGUCUGCGUGCUUUUCUUCGACGUAUCCAAUGGUUACGGUGCCACCGCGGGUUUCCUGCUGGCGUUCCUUUUGAGAGUUUUGUGCGGCGAGCCCCUGCUCCGGCUGCCACCUUUCAUCCAUUUCCCAGGAUGCGCCCUGGAGGAGGGCGUUUACGUUCAGUACUCCCCUAUUCGGACCGUCUGCAUGCUGGUUUCCUUUGCCACCAUAUUGCUGGUGUCCCACCUGACGGCUGUGCUCUUCAACAGAGGACUCGUACCAGAGAAGUGGGACAUGUUUCAUGUCCAACAGGCACCGAAAACACAAAAAGCAGCAGACGGUGCCAGCAGCAAGGAGGACCACGACCUGAGCCCAGUGUGCGAGAGGGGAGGAGCCUCCGACCCGAUGCUGAAGUGAAACUGUUCAAAUUCUAAACUAGAUCACACUGUAUCAAAAAAAACAAAGAACACUUGCAAAAUAAAAAUGCAAAAUAAAAUACCUUUUGCGGAAGUUGCUCA